AAUUGUUGUUAAUUGGAGAGAGUUUCAUGCAGUUGAUGCUUCUCCACCUUGUUAAUUUGCAGUUUUAAUAUUCCCUUAAAAAACAAACUUCAUCCUUGAAUUCACAUCAUCAUCAUUAUUACAUCAGUCCCUCUCCCAUUUUGCUCACUGCACAGAUGGGGAGGCCUCCUUGCUGCGACAAGGCCAACGUCAAACGAGGGCCGUGGACGCCUGAGGAAGACGCCAAGAUCCUCGCCUAUGUCGCCAGCCACGGCAUUGGCAACUGGACCUUAGUCCCUCAGAAAGCAGGCCUAAACAGAUGUGGCAAGAGCUGCAGACUUAGAUGGACUAACUAUCUACGCCCUGACCUCAAACACGACGGCUUCACACCCGAAGAAGAAGAGUGCAUUCUUGAAAUGCACAAGACCAUUGGCAGCAGGUGGUCUCUGAUAGCUAGGAGGCUUCCGGGGAGAACAGACAACGACGUGAAGAACUACUGGAACACGAAGCUGAAGAAGAAGCUGACGAAGAUGGGGAUCGAUCCCAUCACACACAAGCCUUUCUCCCAGCUUUUUAGUGAGUAUGGGAGGAUCAGUGGCUCCCCCAUCACGCGGAACAGGAACCCUUUCCUCCAGACCCAAACGGGCCGCUGGAUCCAGCCCAACGAGCCUCAGAAGAUCGAUCACUUCACCACCUAUAGCAACGCGUUUAGUCAAGAAAACGCCCACCCUUGUAUGCUCAGUGAGGCCUCCUCCUCUGCAUCUGCCUCUGCAGCGAGUGUCACGCGUUUUGGGGGUGGAUCGUCGCGCUCGUGUGAGGCUCCAACGCUGCCCACCUCUCCAUUUUCGUGCAACGAGGAAUACAUAUUGGAGUGCAAGAAUAUGGAGAUGGUGGAAUCAGGCAAUGAGGUGCAAGAAGAAGGGAAUGUUGUUAGUGAAAAUGAGAUUUGUGUUGAGAAGAGUGGUGCUGCUGCUGCAGAUACAUUUGUGGAAGACAUGUUGGCACGUGACAUGGAGAUUAGGCUGCAGUUUCCUGAGAUUUUUGAUGAAAACUAUGAUUAUUGA